CAACGAACUCCACAGCCUUUGGUUUAGCCAGUCCCGCCCCGAGACUCCGAGAGCGGUAUCGCGGAUUCGCGGGACCUGUGUGCCGUCGUCCCGCCCACACCGGGAACCCGGACCACAGUUCGUUUCCCGUGCUCGUCCAUAUAUACAUACCCAUCCUUCCGCUUCCGAGAACUCAUCCCACUCACCUCGAUCUCUUCCUUUCGACACCAAAAGCAGCAAAUCACUCGCUCGCUCACUCUGAAACUACUGCUAGCUCAACCGAAACGACACUUACCAAUACCAUGGCGGCAUCCCUCUCCUGCGCAUUCUUCUUCGACGCCGAGCCGCUCGGCGAGCCCGGCAUGCCCGCGCUGGACGCGUGCGCGCUCUGCGGCAAGCGGCUGCGCCGCGACUGCGACAUCUUCAUGUACAGAGGGGACACGCCCUUCUGCACCGAGGAGUGCCGGGACGAGCAGAUGCAGCUGGACGCCGUCUGCGCCAGGCAGGCGGCCAGGGCGGCCACCCGGAGGCAGCAGGUGUACUCCUCCGGGACAGAGUCGCCCCGCGGGCACCGAGAGACCAGGAAGGUGUCGGUCGCGAGCUGACUGACCGGCCGGAGCGCGUGGAUGAGAAGAUCUGAAGAACAAUCCAGUUCUGAGGUCUGAGGAGUUCGAUGUUCUCCGUCGUCGAUCUAGCCAGAGCUGCACAAGAGUCCGAACGAUCGGAUGAACCGCGACGCCGCCGCCUGCCCGAGGCAUGGCGGCAUCAGGUGCCCGGAGGAGAUGAUGUGUCCCUCGCUAGCUAAUUUGUAGUUGUUCUUCCGGUCGGUGCUGUACCGUGCCGUGAUGAUCAACUGAUUUGGUCAGAAAUGAAAUACGGAAGGCCAUGGAUUAAUUUGAGCCAUUUGUGCACCUUCCGUUUCAAUUGUAAAAAGCGGUAUUCAUAAGAUGGACGUGCCCAAAUUUUUAUCU